GACGGAGCGCUCUGAUUGGACAGAGCAGGGCCGCAGGUGGUGAACCUGAUGGGCGCGUUCUACUGGUUUCCUCCUGAGUUGGCCACUUCAUUCGUCUCAGGAUUCCUCCUGGGAGCCUGGAUGUGAAGAACAAUGGAGGCAGAUAAAGACACCAAGAGAGAAGAAGAAGAAGGAAAUGACAUCCCAGGAGGAGAACCAGCUGACCCGGGCCAACAAUCCAGUGCUGCUUUUGUUUUGGGUCAGUGACGCGAUUCUGUCCUGGAUAUAAAUGCAGCUCAGACUGUGUGUUUGGUUCCAGAAUCCAGCGGAACAUCAGGAUGAAGCUGAUCGGUUCUCUGACUCUGAUCUGGACCCUCUGUAGAACAGCUGAAGCUCUGAGCUGUUAUAACUGCACAGACCCGAUUUGUUCCAGCCCAGAAAAACAGACAUGCUAUUCAUCUGAGCUAAUGUGCAUGACAGCAUCUAUCCGAGUUGAUUCAGCUUCAGGAGAACAGGAGCUCAUCUAUAAAGGCUGUGAAUCCUCUAUGUGUCUGAGCUCAGGCAAUACAACCUUUUCACUCAGCACAGGUGAGGUGACCAUUGUAGGAUCUGCUCUGUGCUGCAACACCAGCGACUGCAACAACCCAACUCUGCCUGGCCCUGCUCCUCCGGUGCCAAACACCCUGCAGUGUUUCUCCUGUGACCCCGCUGACUGCAGAGAGGUCAGCUGCUCAGGAGAGGAGAGUCAGUGCUUCACAUCAACCUUGAAUAUAGACAACCACACGUAUCCAUUUUUGGGCUGCAUGACUCAGAACCUGUGUGACGCCGACCUCGGUCGCCUGUUCCAGGAAGACGGUGUUCCUCUCCACAUCAGCAGACUGAGCUGCUGUGGGACCAGUUUGUGCAACAAUCCACCAUUACUACCAGCACCACCAAUGCCACCAGUGAGACCCACACAGACCAGUGGUGGUUCUGGUGUGAAACUGGAGCUGCUCCAGCUGCUGCUUGGUCUGCUGGUUUGCGCUCUAAUCAAUCACAAAUCAAUGCAAGGCUGGUAGGAGUUAAAUAUUAAACUAAUGUAACAUUUUUCUGCAAUCA